AGAUGGCGGCGCCUUUGAGGAUUCAGAGCGACUGGGCGCAAGCCCUCAGGUGAAUCCAAGCCCGGAACCGGGACAAAGGAGGCGGGAAGGAUGAAGGGGAGGCCUGGCUGAGCUGUCACCCCCCAGGGAAACCAACUCUGUAUGGCAACCUAACUUGUCAAGGAAUUGGCCAAGAUGGCAUCCCAGAAGUUACAGCUUCAGAAGGAUUUAUUGUGAAUGAAAUAAACAAGUGAGUAGAUGGCCAAACUAAGUGUUGCAGAACCCAUGAUCUGACCUUCCUUACUCUUUCUGAUGGCUGCAGUCAGUGUGCUUGGUGAGAUGAUUCCCAAAGGGUAAACCAGCCUUUUAUUUUUCCCCAUUUUUUGUGUAAUUAAACUUUUUUAGUUGUAAAAUAUUUUGGGUAUACUGAUAAGAAUAGAGAAUACUUUGUUUUUUACAUAAAGUUUUUAGCAAAUGUUCAUUUAUUACUCUCUGUGCAAGGUAAUAGGCAACAUAUUGUUAUAUAUUUUAUAUAUACUUUUCAUAAACAGCCAUGGUAUUGUAGAAGGUGUCAGAAGAUCUGAGUCCAAGUCUUAUUAACUGACACUUACUAGCAAUAUGGUUUUGGAUAAAUAACUUAGUUCCCUGAGCCUCAGUUUCCUCAUCUAUAAAAUGGAGAUAGUAUUCUACUUCAUAGGCUGGCUAGUUAGUGGGGAGUGAGAGUGCAUAUGAAUGAAACUAAGAUAUUACAAAAGUGAGUUGUUGUUUAUCAUAACAUUCUAGGUGAUUGGCAUUUUAAAUUUCCACCCAGAUAAGCAAACAGACUCAGAGAGGUUAAUUAACCCUAAUAAUCAAAGCUAGUUAGACUGUAUACCAGAAUUGAAACCCAGUUCUAAUAACUUCAAGUAUAACACCACUUUGCCAGCCUACAUUUUUCCCAGGUGUUUUGCAUCCACAGCCUGGGUGCUGACUUCCUUUCUUCCCUUUGUACUCAGGCCCUGAUGCAAUCCUAUCUCUUCCAGCAUCAUUGCUAAUUUCUGCUGUGUACCUGCUGGGUCAGACAUUUACUUCAACAGAAAAAGAUAAUGGCAGCUCAUCGGUACCAAAUCAUAUUGCAGCCCUCUGCAGUAAAAGAACUGUUCGUCUGUGAGGCGUGAUAGUUUUAUGGGCUGGGGAAGGAGGAUUAGAGAAGAAAAGCAUUCAUAUUUCAUGUCCAAAGGAAAAUGCAUCUUCGAAGUUUUUGGCACCAUGUACUACUUUUCCCAGAAUUCAUGCAAAGAGUGUGACAUGCCUGGACAUUUCUAGUGGAGGAGGCCUUGGUGUAUCUUCUAGUUCUGAUGGGAGCAUGAAGAUCUGGCAAGCUUCCAAUGGAGAGCUCAGAAGAGUAUUGGAAGGACAUGUGUUUGAUGUGAAUUGUUGCAGGUUUUUCCCAUCAGGCCUUGUGGUUCUGAGUGGGGGUAUGGAUGCCCAACUGAAGAUCUGGUCAGCUGAAGAUGCUAGCUGCGUAGUGACUUUCAAAGGUCACAAAGGAGGUGUCCUAGAUACAGCCAUUGUUGACCGGGGGAGGAAUGUGGUAUCUAGUUCUCGAGAUGGGACAGCACGACUUUGGGAUUGUGGGCGCUCAGCCUGCCUGGGAGUCAUUGCAGACUGUGGUUCUUCCAUCAAUGGAGUGGCUGUGGGUGCUGCUGACAAUUCUAUAAACCUCGGCUCCCCUGAGCAGAUGCCCAGUGAACGGGAGGUUGGAACAGAGUCGAAAAUGCUGCUGUUGGCCCGGGAAGACAAGAAACUUCAGUGCUUGGGACUACAGAGCAGGCAGCCGGUCUUCCUCUUUAUUGGCUCAGAUGCCUUCAACUGCUGUACUUUUCUCUCUGGCUUCUUGCUAUUGGCUGGGACACAAGAUGGAAACAUUUAUCAGCUGGAUGUGCGGAAUCCAAGGACUCCAGUGCAAGUCAUGCACAGAUCAGGAGCACCAGUUCUGUCCUUGCUGAGUUUCAGAGACGGAUUCAUUGCUAGCCAAGGUGAUGGAAGCUGUUUCAUUGUCCAGCAAGACUUAGACUAUGUCAUUGAGCUCACUGGGGCUGACUGUGACCCCGUGUACAAGGUAGCCACGUGGGAAAAGCAGAUCUAUACCUGCUGUCGAGAUGGUCUUGUGCGACGCUAUCAGCUCUCUGACCUCUGACCCCCUGGAAAGAGGAGUCCCAGUUAAUGAAGAUUGACCCUGACCAACAAUGAGCAGAAACAGCAUCAGUCCUUCCCAAGGAUCAGGGCCCUUGGUUGUCUUGGGCUUCCUUUGGAAGUCGCAGAAAGGCAGCUACAUCGGCCCAUGUGGAACCAUCAUUCCCUGACAAGACCUACUUUGAAUGAGUAAGAAGCUCACAUGUGCUCACUGCAUUUGCCCCAACUUCUUGUAUAAACUUACCCCGCAACACAGGGCAAAUACAGAUGCUUACAAUGCGAUCUCACACCAAUUGUGUUAAAUAUUUACAGGGACCAGAGGACUAAAGCCUGUUCUCUGAAGGAAAUAAAGAGAAUAUGUUUGGAGGAAUCUGAAUUUGAAAAACUUUGUUAAAUACUCUUACUCCAGCAAAAAGUCAGUCAAGCUGAUGGAACUCCUUUCUCAGGCACUUCCUGUUUGCCUGGCCAUAGAGAAGGACUGCCUGAGAGUAGCAGCAAAUAGCCCAUAAGCAGCAACCUGGGAAAGAUUCUUAUACAGUUAGAGUAACCAGCCAAUUUUCCCUGGACUGAAGGGUUUUCUGUUACACGAGACUUUCAGUCCCAGGCAAACUGACGUGGUUGGUUGGCCUGUAUACAGGUGAUGAAGUGGAAUCAUAUCAUUGGAAAGGCAGUGGCUGUCAAAGUGCAGUCCCUGGAAGAGCUGCAGCAGUAUCACACAGGAGCUUGUUAGAAGUAGAAAUUUUGGGGUCCCACCUCAGACCUAAGUCAGAAAUUCUAUUGGUGGGGCUCACAGUCAGUAUUUUUAACAAGGCUUCCAGGUGAUUCUGAUGCACGCUGAGGUUUGAGACCUAGAGGAAGAGAUGGUGGAGAGCACCUUAGUCACAGAUGGAACCCAGGGCUCAGAGGCUGGUUUAUAGGAGAUGAGGCUGGAGAGGUUGGCAGGGUCCAAACAGCACAGGGGCUUGAAUGCCAGCUCAGGAGUUUGAACUUCACUUGGUUGGCAGUGGGGAACCAUGAAAUCGUUUUAAGCAAGGGUAUGACGUGGUCACCUCUUUUUUUCCCUAAACAUAAAAAUGGAAUCAUACUGUAUGUAUUCCACGCUUUAUUAUCUCUUAGUAUCUCUGAGUUCUUCCCAUCUCAGACCUUUCUCAUUCUUUUUAUCAAUUUUCAGAGUGUGAAUACCUUAUCAUUUACAUUUUUAGAGACUAUUAGAGAAAAGGUUUCUUAGAGGAUGCAACACUUGAGCUGGGCCAUGUAGGCUAAGAUCUGGAUUUAUUUAAGGGAAGAAAGUCAUUCUUGGCUGGGGUAAUAGUAUGGUUCACAGGGUUCUUAAAGGUAUAGUCUCACGUAAUCUUUAUAACUAACUGUGACAUGCAGGUAGUGAGACUCAAAAGAGAUGAAGAGAUUUGCCAAGAGUCUUAGAGAGCAGAAACUUGUACAGUUUAUCAUAACUUUAAAUCCCAUUUUUGGGCCAGCCCCAGUGGCCUAGUGGUUAAGUUCGGCACACUGUGCUUUGGCGGCCCAGGUUCAGUUCCUGGGUGCAGACCUAUACCAUUCGUCUGUCAGUGGCCAUGCUGUGGUGACAGCUCACAUACAAAAAGAGGAAGAUUGCAGCAGAUGUUAACUCAGGGCAAAUCUUCCUCAGCAAAAAAUAAAAUAAAAUAAAUUAAAUUCCCAUUUUUUCCUACUUGUUGCUUAUGCCGAAACCAAAUUGUGAAAAUAAAGCACUACAAUUCCUUGAGUA